GUGUGCCUGAGUCUGGGUGAGGGAGCGGGAUGUGUAUGUGAGGUGUCGGGGGUGAGGCGGAGGCCAGGGAAGGGGCUCCCUCGGGGGACGAGGGACAAAGGGGAAGGCGAGGCAACCUCGGCCGCGGAGCCCGGGCGACGGGAAGCCGCCCCGAGCCGGGCUACCGGAUAGAUAGGGCAAGGGCCCGCGCAGUCCUCCCAGGGCGCCGGAGCCGGCGUCGGCCCCUCAGGCUCGGGCGGUCGGCUUCCUACUUCCUUGCGCUCCCGGCUCGCGGGCCCGAAGAUUGGCUGCGCGGGUGGGCGGCGGUGAGGAGCAGACGCGAGUCGCCCCGGGUUGUCUGGCGAUUCCCCCGCUGAGGAACUCUCUCAUUUCUUCCCUCGCUCCUUCACCCCCCCCCCCCCCCCACCUCAUGUAGGAGGGCGCUGAGGAGGCGAGAGGGAGGAGGAGCCUGGCCUAAGGUCCCUUCCCUCCCCACCCCCGGCUAGGGCUUCUUCGGUGGGCGUGGAGUUGGGGCUGGGGGGGAGGGUGGGGCUUCCUGGAGUGCCGGGGAACUUUUCCCCCUUCUUCAGGCUCGGGGAAAGGGAAUGCCCAAUCCAGAGAGACAUGGGGGCAAGAAGGACGGGAGCGGAGGCGCUUCUGGAACUUCGCAGCCGUCCGCGGGAGGCGGCAGCUCCAACAGCAGGGAGCGUCACCGCUUGGUGUCGAAGCACAAGCGGCACAAGUCCAAGCACUCCAAAGAUGCGGGGCUGCUAACCCCCGAAGCGGCAUCUUUGGGCACGGUGAUCAAACCUUUGGUGGAGUAUGAUGACAUCAGCUCUGAUUCAGACACCUUCUCGGAUGACAUGGCCUUCAAAGUGGACCGCAGGGAGAACGAUGAACGUCGCGGAACGGAUCGGAGCGACCGCCUGCACAGACAUCGUCACCACCAGCACCGGCGGACCCGAGACUUGCUAAAAACCAAACAGACUGAAAAGGAGAAAAACCAGGAAGUCUCCAAAUCUGGAUCUCUGAAGGACCGGAUAUCGGGAAGUUCCAAGCGUUCAAUGGAGGGGAAUGAUGACUAUGGGAAGGCACAGGUCUCCAAAAGCAGCAGCAAGGAAUCCAGGUCAUCCAAACUCCACAAGGAGAAGACCCGGAAAGAGCGGGAGUUAAAGUCUGGACACAAGGACCGGAGUAAGAGUCAUCGGAAAAGGGAAACACCCAAAAGUUACAAAACAGUGGAUAGCCCAAAACGGAGAUCCAGGAGUCCCCAUAGGAAAUGGUCUGACAGUUCCAAGCAAGAUGACAGCCCUUCAGGAGCUUCUUAUGGCCAAGACUAUGACCUUAGCCCCCCAAGGUCUCACACCUCUAGCAAUUAUGACUCCUACAAGAAGAGUCCAGGGAGUACCUCAAGAAGGCAGUCAAUCAGCCCACCUUACAAAGAGCCUUCUGCUUACCAGUCCAGCACUCGGUCACCCAGUCCCUACAGUAGACGACAGAGGUCGGUGAGUCCCUAUAGCCGGAGACGGUCAUCGAGCUAUGAAAGGAGUGGCUCUUACAGCGGGAGAUCACCCAGCCCCUAUGGUCGAAGGCGAUCUAGCAGCCCUUUCUUGAGCAAGAGGUCUCUGAGUCGGAGUCCAAUCCCCAGUAGGAAAUCCAUGAAGUCCAGAAGCAGAAGUCCUGCAUAUUCAAGACACUCAUCUUCUCAUAGUAAAAAGAAGAGAUCCGGGUCACGCAGCCGUCAUUCCAGUAUCUCACCCGUCAGGCUUCCAUUGAAUUCCAGCCUGGGAGCUGAACUCAGUAGAAAAAAGAAGGAAAGAGCAGCUGCUGCAGCAGCAGCAAAAAUGGAUGGAAAAGAUUCGAAGGGUUCACCCAUAACUUUGACUAAAAAAGAUAAAGUUGAGGUGAAGGAGUCAGGGUUAGAGUCUAAAAAGUUAUCCAGAGGUAUAAAGUCAGAAAAGUCUACCCCAGAUACUGAACUGGUAAAUGUAACACAUUCAAACACAGAGUUAAAAAAUUGUUUAGAUACAGGGAAAGUUAAGUUGGAUGAGAACUUGCAGAAGCAUCCUGUUGUUAAGGAUUUGAAAGCACAGGGAACAAAAGACACUAAACCUGUAGCACCGAAGGAGGUGAUUGUUACUUCAAAGGAGACAGAGACGUCAGAAAAGGAGACCCUUCCACCUCUCCCCACAGUUACUUCUCCACCCCCUUUACCAUCUACUACCCCUCCACCUCAGACGCCCCCUUUGCCACCUUUGCCUCCACUACCAGCUAUUCCACUGCAGCCACCUCUGCCUCCUCCCCAACCACCAUUUAGUCAAGUUCCUGUUUCUAGUUCUUCAACUUUACCCUCUUCUCCUCACUCAAGGACAUCUACUCUAUCCUCUCAGACAAAUUCUCAGCCCCCUGUACAGGUUUCUGUGAAGACUCAAGUAUCUGUAACAGCUGCUAUUCCACACCUGAAAACUUCAACAUUGCCUCCUCUGCCCCUCCCUCCCUUGUUACCUGGAGAUGAUGAUUUGGAUAGUCCAAAAGAAAUGCUUCCGUCAAAACCUGCAAAGAAAGAGAAGGAGCAGAGGACUCGCCACUUACUCACAGACUUGCCUCUUCCUCCUGAGCUACCAGGUGGAGAUCCAUCUCCCCCAGAUUCUCCAGAGCCAAAGGCGAUUACACCUCCUCAACAACCAUAUAAAAAGAGACCAAAAAUUUGUUGUCCUCGUUAUGGAGAAAGAAGACAAACAGAAAGUGAUUGGGGAAAGCGAUGCGUAGAUAAGUUUGACAUUAUUGGGAUUAUUGGAGAAGGAACCUAUGGCCAAGUAUAUAAAGCCAAGGACAAAGACACAGGAGAACUAGUAGCUCUGAAGAAGGUUCGGCUAGACAAUGAGAAGGAGGGCUUCCCAAUCACAGCCAUCAGGGAGAUCAAAAUCCUUCGUCAGUUAGUCCAUCGAAGUGUUGUUAACAUGAAGGAGAUUGUCACAGACAAACAAGAUGCACUAGAUUUCAAGAAAGAUAAAGGUGCCUUUUACCUUGUAUUUGAAUAUAUGGACCAUGACUUAAUGGGACUGCUAGAAUCAGGUUUGGUGCACUUUUCUGAGGACCAUAUCAAGUCAUUCAUGAAACAGCUAAUGGAAGGAUUGGAUUACUGUCACAAAAAGAAUUUCCUCCAUCGGGAUAUUAAGUGUUCUAACAUUUUGCUGAAUAACAGUGGGCAAAUCAAACUAGCAGAUUUUGGACUUGCUCGGCUCUAUAACUCCGAAGAAAGUCGCCCUUACACAAAUAAAGUUAUUACUCUGUGGUAUCGACCUCCAGAACUGCUGCUGGGAGAGGAAAGAUAUACACCAGCCAUUGAUGUUUGGAGCUGUGGAUGCAUCCUUGGGGAACUGUUCACCAAGAAACCUAUUUUUCAAGCCAAUUUGGAACUAGCUCAGCUAGAACUGAUCAGUCGUCUCUGUGGUAGCCCUUGUCCAGCAGUGUGGCCUGAUGUUAUCAAGCUGCCCUACUUCAACACCAUGAAACCCAAGAAGCAAUAUAGAAGACGUCUAAGAGAAGAAUUCUCUUUCAUUCCUUCAGCAGCACUUGAUUUAUUGGACCACAUGCUGACACUUGAUCCUAGCAAGCGUUGCACAGCUGAACAGACCCUGCAGAGUGACUUCCUUAAAGAUGUGGAACUCAGCAAAAUGGCACCUCCAGAUCUACCUCACUGGCAGGAUUGCCAUGAAUUGUGGAGUAAGAAACGUCGACGCCAGCGACAGAGUGGUAUUGUAAUAGAAGAGCCACCUCCAUCCAAAGCUUCUCGAAAAGAAACUACUACCUCAGGGACAACAGCAGAGCCUGUGAAAAACAGUAGCCCAGCACCACCUCAGCCUGCUCCUGUCAAGGCAGAGCCUGGUCCUGGGGAUGCAGUAGGCCUUGGUGACAUCACACAGCAGCUGAAUCAAAGUGAACUGGCAGUGUUAUUAAACCUGCUACAGAGCCAAACUGACCUGAGCAUCCCUCAGAUGGCACAGCUGCUUAAUAUCCACUCCAACCCAGAGAUGCAACAGCAGCUGGAAGCCUUGAAUCAAUCUAUUAGUGCACUGACUGAAGCCAGUUCUCAGCAGCAGGACUCAGAACCCAUAGCUCCAGAGGAAUCAUUGAAGGAGGUACCCUCUGUCUCAGUGGUCGUGCCUUCAGCAGAACAGACAACUCCUGAAGCUUCAAACACGCCAGCUGACAUGCAGAAUAUGUUGGCAGUUCUCUUGAGUCAGCUGAUGAAAACCCAAGAGCCAGCAGGUAACCUGGAAGAAAACACCAGUGACAAGAAUAGUGGGCCACAGGGGUCCCGAAGAACUCCUACAAUGCCACAGGAGGAGGCAGCAGCAUGUCCUCCUCACAUUCUUCCACCAGAGAAGAGGCCCCCUGAGCCCCCUGGACCUCCACCGCCGCCACCUCCACCCCCUCUGGUUGAAGGCGAUCUUUCCAGCGCCCCCCAGGAGUUGAAUCCCGCCGUGACAGCCGCCUUGCUGCAACUUUUAUCCCAGCCUGAAGCAGAGCCUCCUGGCCACCUGCCACAUGAGCACCAGGCCUUGAGACCAAUGGAGUACUCCACCCGAUCCCAUCCAAACAGGACUUACGGAAACACUGAUGGGCCUGAAGCAGGGUUCAGUGCCACUGACACUGAUGAACGCAGUUCUGGUCCGGCCUUGACAGAAUCUUUGGUUCAGACCCUGGUGAAGAACAGGACCUUCUCAGGCUCUGUGAGCCACCUUGGGGAGUCCAACAGUUACCAGGGCACAGGGUCAGUGCAGUUCCCAGGGGACCAGGACCUUCGUUUUGCCAGGGUCCCCUUAGCAUUACACUCAGUGGUUGGGCAACCAUUCCUGAAAUCUGAUGGAAAUAGCAACUCUGUGGUACAUGCAGAGACCAAAUUGCAAAACUAUGGGGAGCUGGGACCAGGAGCCACUGGGGCCAACAGCUCAGGAACACCUCUUCAGUGGGGGGGCCCAGCUCAGUCUUCUGCUUAUGGAAAACUCUACCGGGGGGCUGCAAGAGUCCCACCACGAGGGGGAAGAGGGAGAGGAGUUCCUUAUUAACCCAGAGACAUCAAUGCCCUGAAAGAUUCCUUCCCUAUCCAUCUUUUCAUCUAGUCCUCUGAACCUUUAAUGAAAUCACUUGCCAGAGCAAGGUAAUCAUCUGCAUUUGACUACUGCAACGCUGUCCGUUGUUUUCCUUGCUCACUUGCUACUAGCAGGCGACUCAUAAUGAUGUUGGCACCAGUUCCUCCUGGAUGGGCAAUAGCUAGAAUAUUUACUUCUGCUUUAUGUAGGAGCUAUAGUAGAAAAUAUGGAGAAAAAGAGACAUUCGGUUGAAAAGUAAUUGUUGCAUUAGCUUAUUGCCUGCACUUGAGCAGAAGAGAGAGAACAGUUUUGUUUUUGAUGGCUCUGGAAAGGCUUUGGUUUUUAAAGGUUUUUUUUUGUUUGUUUGUUUCAUUGUGUGUGUGUGUGUGUGUGUGUGUGUGGUUUCUUUUGAAUUUUUAUUUAGUUCCCCACCCCUCUUUAAAGAGAAGCGUGUUCACAAGAUCUGAGCUCCUCUUAGGCUUUUGCUAGAAGGGAAACAGUGGCUUUAAUGUUUCCUUCCUCUCUUCCAUCUCACAGUUUUGCUUCAGUGAGCACUGUCCUUACCCCUGUUGAGCAUCUUGUACAUACCUUUUCCAAAUAAACUGCUCAUCCUUAACUUUGCUCAAUUUUGACAAAAGUUAUGUCCCUCUUCCUGCACAUAAAGCAGGCUGUAGAAAGUGGCAUUCUUGGGCAAGUAGGUAGACUUUACCCAAUCUUUGCUUUUUGCUUGUUACUUUUUCCUCCUCCUUCCUCUCUCUCCUUUUUGUCCCCUCCUUUUUCCUUCCUCUGUGUGCCUACCCCUGUUCUCUCCCUAUAUCUUUUUGAGGCAUUUGUUUGAAAGAAAAUAGAGUAGAGAUGCCCAAGAACCUGGAAGAAUACUUUUCUUUUUUCUUUUUUUUUUUUUCCCAAAUAAAGGAAAGGAAAUUAAAACUCCUACAUUGUUCUCUGUAACUCUUCAAUUCUAAAGUUUUUGGUUUUUGUUUUUGUUUUUUAAGCCACAUUCUGAUGGGGAGGUUGAUGUGUAAAUGAUAGUACAUUGCUGCUGAGCUGUGGUUAGAGAUGGUACCUCCAUAUCUAGAGGGGUAAUAAGAUCAAUAAGCAUGUUUACAUGUAUAUAUUUAUGUUUUUAAAAAAAGCCUUUCAAACAGAGCCUUGUGAUACUGUCAGAGGAAAAUCCUGAAAAUACAUGGACAUGUAACCUAGCUUAGGGUGUAUAUCUGAAGAUAUAUCAAUCCUGAUACCUUUAAAGAAAAAUGUAAGCAGUUUACCAUGAGAAAAGAACAGUAUUGACAAAUAUACAUCACAGCGUGUAUAGCCUACCAUUUCUUGUAGGGAUCAUUUUGAUUGUGGUAAAGGGUAUAAAGUAUGAUUUCCUGACAAGAACUUUGCCUUAUCAAAACCAGAAAUGGAAGAGAGAAAGGAUCUCAGAGUGAGAUAACUUGAGAGGCUUCUCAUUUUGGCUUCCGUUUCUUCCAUCAGCAUCUGGAGUAUUUUAAAAACAUAUAUGUCAUAUGAUCCGCACAGACUUAGGAGUUUAUGAAAUAUAGGUUAAGCUCCCUUUUACAAAGAAAAGCAAACGUACUUCAUCAUCUUGGAGAAUAGUUUUCAGAACUAAAGUGAAAUUUCAUGUUUCAAUACCAAGUUCUUAAGUUAAAAAAUAUAUUUAGAAAGGUAUAUUAAUUUUUAAAAAAUUUAAAGAGGUGAAGGAACCCUCUUCAGCUACAUAAACAUUAGUUUCCCCUGUUCCUGAAAUAGAUACCAGUAUGUAUACUUCUUUAUUUUCUGAGUUUUGGUCUGGCUUUGCCAUUAGGCCAAACACUAAUAGUAAGUGAACCUUCUAGCCAUUUGGCUUUGACAGCUUUUUUAAUGCCAGGAUGUCCGAUUAGAUAUCCUAGGCACAUUGAGAUGCUAUCCAUAGAUUGCAUUAAAGUUUAUUUGUACCUUCAGUCUGCUACUGGUUAGUCCUCAGACAUGGGCCUUAUUUUAGAUAUUUUAUUGUAAGGUAUUGGCCCCCAGUCCCCUAUUUUUGAUUAAAGAAACUGAGCAGGGAUACUUUCAUAAGUAUCUGCUCAGUGAAAAAAUUGUUUUCCCAUCAAAUAUGAAUAAAUUUCUCUAUAUAUUUUCAUUGUAUUUUGGUUAUGGACAGUCAUCAAUAAUGUUUCCCUUUCCCUCUGCCACACUAUAUUUUUAAUUAUGCCAAAUAGUCUGAAUAAUUUACGUAAGCUUCCAUUUCCCCAUCCCUGCUAGGGAAGGGGGUGAGUGUAUUUGAAUGUAUGUAUAUGUAUGGAUGAUUCCAUUUCACCCCCACCUCAUUUUGGGAGUCUAGCCUUUUAAAAAAUAUUUUUAUAAUUUUGACUACUUCUGAAAGCAGAGGGAAAGAACUCAUUUAAAUAUCCUGAAAUCUGUGUGGAGGAAGAAAAGGUAUUUGGUCAUUUUUCAGCUACAUUAUCUAUAAACAUAAUGGAAGUAAAAAUUUGGCUUAAUUUUCAACUCAACUGUUGGAAAAGUAGAAACCUAGUUAAUUCCAUUAAAAAGUGGUUUGGGUUUUAACUAUUAUAUCAUUAUUAAAUACAUUAUUUUGAACAGAUGAGAAAUCUGAUUCUGUUCAUGAAUAGGAGACAAAAUGGCUUGACCAUUAUCAUUUUUGUAUGCAGUUUUAAAAGAUUUGCUUAACCCAGUGUCCUUAGCUUUUUCAUCUGUCUAUAGGGGUAAGGAUUUACAGAUGACAUAAGAUCUAUGUACUCAAAACAGGGCAGUUAGCACAAAGUUUGUAUGUAAGACUUCUGUUAGUUUAUGCCAUAAUCAUCAUCCAGUGUGUGUGUGUGUAUGUAUGUGUGUGUGAUAUGCAUAUAUAGGUACAGUGCUAAAGUGGUUACCAGCAGGUUUUGAGAGAGAAUGGUGCAUUGGAAAAGUGUCAGUUGCCACCUCAUUCUCCCUGAUUCAUAGGUUCCUGACACUGUAUUCCUUUCUCUCUCUUGUUUUUGACCCCCAUUGGGUGUACUUUGUCUAUGUACAGAUAUUUUGUAAUAUAUUAAAUUUUUUCUUUCAGUUUAUAAAGAUGGAAAGUGGAGAUUGGAAAAUUAAAUAUUUCCUGUUAAUAUA